AUGAAUUCCACAAGUGAAAUCCACGACGUGAUCAUCGUCGGCGCCGGACCCUGCGGCCUCGCCGUCGCCUCCCGUAUUCGAGAAAACACUCCCUCGGCGGUCUUCACAGACGAGGAACACCAGCGAUACCACUGGAUCAAAAAACACACUGGCAAGAUGAAUCUCGUCCAAGCAGGGCGCACCAAGAAAAACGGCGUGCGAGCCGAGAAAUGGAACCGCGGACAAAGAACCUGUCCCUGCAAAGACGAGACGAGUCCAGAGUCAAGCCGCCGCGGGUCUACCGAUUCAACAUCAUCCGUGCCUUCGCUAGCAUCUGACUCGUCGACGUCGUCUAAUACGUCGAUAUCGACAUUGGUUUUGGAUGGGACGGGUGAUCAGUGGAUGCAGAGAUGGAAUAACGCUUUUCGCACGUUGGAGAUUAAGCAGUUGCGGAGUCCGAUGUUCUUCCAUGUUGAUCCCGGGGAUCGAGAUGGGAUGUUGGCCUAUACGCAGGAAGUUGGGAGAGAGGAGGAUCUGUGGGAGAUUUCGGGGUGUGUUGGGAAGGAAAUGAGCAAGCAUAAGAAGAAGAAGAGACGGCAGAGUGGAAAACCUCAGACGUUGGGAGUCGAGAUUGACGAGCGUGAUCGCAAAGACUACUUCUCGCCCUCGACUGAUCUUUUCGCCGACUACUGCGCUUCCAUCAUCGACCGGUAUGACCUAAACGAGCCCGGCCAGAUCCUCAAACAAGAGGUUACGGACAUCACUCAUGGAUACUUACCGGACAAUCUCGACGUUGCGGCGCCCAAUUCCAAGGUAUUCACUCUGACUACAUCGACUGGGCAGAAAUUCUAUAGCCGGGCUGUUGUGCUUGCGAUGGGUGCCGGUGGAGCUGGAAUACAAAAGAUCUUCCCCUGGAAGCCUUCAAACGCAACGGAAGGGGCUGAGGCUUGCUGCCACAGCAUGGAAAUCAAGACCUUCCCGAGUCCCAACGUGCGAAGCAAGAUCCAGCAAAGACGAGAGACUAACGUGGUCGUCGUGGGAGGCGGACUUUCAUCAGCUCAGAUUGUUGACAUGGCUGUGCGAAAAGGGGUUACUAAAGUUUGGUUCCUGAUGAGAUCUGAAUAUAAAGUCAAACACUUUGAUCUUAGCUUGCCCUGGAUGGGAAAGUAUAAAAAUUGGGAAAAGGCAGCUUUUUGGUCAGCAGACACUGAUGAAGAACGCCUCGAAAUGAUCAAGUCUGCUCGCAACGGUGGUAGCAUCACCCCUCGCUACACAAGAAUAGUCAAACAGCAUGUUGCCCACCAUCGGGCAUCCAUUCACACACGCACGGAAAUUACUUCCCACGAUUACGAUCCCGAAACACAGACAUGGACUCUGACUACCGAUCCGCCGAUCCCUAACCUACCACCAAUCGACUACAUCUAUUUUGCGACGGGGGCACGCUCCGAUGUCCGCGAAAUGCCACUCUUAAGUAAUAUCAAUGAUCAGUACCCUAUUGAAGUCAUAGAAGGUCUUCCCUGUCUCACGGAUGAUCUCAUGUGGCGGGAAGAUGUACCCCUCUACAUUACAGGGCGACUAGGGGGUUUACGACUAGGUCCUGGAGCUCCAAAUCUUGAAGGAGCCAGGCUUGGCGCGGAGAGGAUCGCCUGGAGCUUGGAGGAGAUCCUUGAGAAAGAUCGGGGCAUUGGAGAUCAGUGCGAGGGGUUCUGUGGACUGGGAAACCGGUAUGCCUCACUUGUUGGGGAUGGGGAGGACGAUAGCUAG